AUUUCGUUGCUUUCUUUCCCCUGUGUUUCCUCGUUUCUGCUCCCGGAAACAACUUACUUCACUUGGUCCAGUCAUCGUUAAAUAUCCCCUCCUCCCUCUAGAAUCCUUGGCAACGGACGCAAGCAGCUGAACGGAUCGAUACCUGAGAAAACACGUGGAAUCGGAGAAUGAUCCAGGAGAGCAAAGAAGAUGUGGAGUCCGGAGCCUCUUCCGUCGCCGCGCAGGAGGAUGGCUUCGAUGCCACUCUCGUAAGCACCACAGAAAGACGGUUAAUGACCAAAAUCGAUCUGCACCUGCUCCCCGUGCUCUGUGUGCUCUAUCUGCUUGCGUUCUUGGACCGUGUCAAUAUCAGCAAUGCUGUCAUAUUUGGGCUGAGGAAGGAUCUUGGUAUUGAAUCAGGCAACAGAUAUAAUACCGCCCUGACUAUAUUUUUUGUUCCAUACAUCUUAUUUGAGAUCCCAUCAAAUAUUCUACUGAAGAAAUUGAAGCCUCACGUUUGGCUGUCGGGAUGCAUGUUUGGCUUCGGGCUUGUUACUCUUUGCCAGGGCUUAGUGCAAAACUAUGCAGGCCUCCUAGUCACACGAUUUUUGCUUGGCUUAUUGGAAACUGGCAUGUUUCCAGGAUGCUUCUACCUCCUUGGGAUGUGGUACCGGCGUACUGAAGCCCAGAAACGGUUCAGUUUCUUCUUCAGCUCCACUACUCUUGCCGGUGCCUUCGGAGGCUUGCUUGCAAGCGCUAUUGGAAGGUUGGAUGGUGUGCGUGGUUUUCUUGGAUGGCGGUGGAUUUUCAUCCUGGAAGGGCUGAUAACAUGCAUCGUCUCCUUUGCAUUUUUCUUCGUGAUACCUGGCUUCCCAGAAGAAGCGAAAUGGUUAAACGAAGAAGAACGGGCUUUCAUUCGGGGCAAACUUGCCAAGGAUGUUGGUGCUGCGGGCCAUGAGGUCUCGCUGCAUUGGAAGGACGUGCUUGAUGUCUUCAAGGACUAUAAGAUCUUUGUUGGAGGACUUAUGUACUUCGGCCUGGUUGUGCCUGCUUACGGAUACGCUUACUUCGCUCCCACCAUUAUCAGGACAUUUGGUUAUGGGCCCAUUCAAACCCAACUCCACUCCAUCCCUCCAUGGGCCGCGGCCUUCGGCGUCUCUCUUACAGUCGCAUACCUAUCCGACCGCCUGCGUAACCGCUUCGCUUUCACUCUCAUCCCUAUUUGCAUAGCGAUUGCGGGGUUUGCCAUCCUCCUUAAUGUCCACGGUGAGGCUAACCGUGCGCUUCAAUACGGGGCCCUGUUCUUGAUUACGUCCGGCGCAUACAGUGCCAUGCCAAUUAUCAUUUGCUGGUACUCCAUGAACCUCGGCGGCCAUAAGCGCAGAUCUGUCGGCAUCGCGUGGCAGAUUGGAUUCGGAAAUAUCGGCGGAAUUAUCGCGACCUACUCGUUCCUCCAGAAGGACAGCCCUCAAUUUAGGCCUGGCCACGUGAUCAGUAUAUCCUUCAUCUGUCUCUCCGCUGCGAUGUGUGUCGUUUAUUUCUUCCUCCUUCUGCACCGUAACCGUACCCGCGACAAGCUGGCAGCAGUUGAUUCUUCAGGUGCUCUGAAGCAAGCCGCGAUAGAUCCUCUUCAGGGAGACUUGAGUCCCUCAUUUAGAUACCAGUUGUGAAAGCGCUGUUUACUUCUUCUUUCAGCUUCUUCUCCCCCCUUUCUCUUCACUUCUCUUCUCUUUUCUUUUCUUUUCUUUCGGUUUUUCCGUUUGCGCUUUGGUUACGUGGACAUUCAGUUUUGCGGAUAUGGCCAUUUGAUACCAAACGUAUCCAGGUUGCAUUACCAGUUAACUAUUAG